CAAUAUCUCUACCCUCCCUCGUUUGUCGCUUGCAAGUGCAGCCACCGUAGCCGUCCUCGGUACUCGAACAGCCUGCAAUGUCGCGGCGCCAGCUCCGCGAUAUGCGUCUGCACCACCAACAAAACAGAUAAAUUUCGCAUCGUGUUUUCACACGCGAAGUCGUUACCCUGCUGCACUGGUGUUGCGUUCAAACUGUUCCCUGUGUGUGGUACUGGUUUUCUAACUUUUUCUUGGUUUUGUGUCAACGACAGCCAACGAGCUGGAAGUCGGUGGUGGGACGAUGCGCACAAGUGACGAGGACCUACCUGCCGAGCUCCAACGGAUCGCCUAUGAAGAGCUCGGCGAGACGGACCAAGGCCGGGCGGACGCGUUGGCGAGGCUCAAUCAGUUGCUCGACGAAGACCCGGAACUCAAUGCAAGGCGAGACAACGUGUUCCUUCUACGGUACAUCCGCGUAAGGAAAUACAAUAUCGAAGCAGCACUGGCGACUCUCAAGCGCUAUUACAAGAACCGUGCGGCAUACCCUUCCAUCUACGAUAAUUUCCUACCCUCGAACGUCAAGCCCGCUUCCAGAUGUUUAUAUACGGUGCUGCCAAAUCCAGAUGUUCACGGACGGCGAGUCCUGUUGGUCAGGUCAGGCGCUUGGAUUCCGAGCCUUUCUACACACAGUGAAGCUCAGCAGGCGUUGCAUCUGGCUCUGGAGUUCCUUGCAGCGGACCCUUCGUCACAGACCGUUGGCAUUUCUGUGCUUGUCGACUAUGAAGGGUUCAGCAUGAGUAAACUUUUGUCGGCCAACAUAGGUUUGUUGAAGCAAUGUACAGAAUUUGUGUUUAAGUGCGUGCCAUUCCGGCUGAAAGCCAUCCAUGUGGUCAGACAGACAUUUGUCUUUCACAUUCUGAUGUCAAUUGUUAGGCAUCUUGUCAACAGGAAGUACGUCGAAAGGAUACACCUCCACGGAACGAACUUUGAAGGUCUGCACAAGGAACUGCCCGCUGAGACGCUGCCGGAAGAGUACGGAGGCAGCGGGCCCGCCUUAGAUUUCGGCGCUUUUUGGAGCCUCAUAGAUGAGCAAGAAUCGUCCUUUGUGGAAAGUAAUGGGUAUGGAUAUCUGAAAACAAAAGUAAAAGGAACAAGGCCUGCGGAAUAAACGGGAUAGAAAUGUCUACUCUAUUUCAAGACACCCGCCCCUUUUUGUGUCAAGCAAACUGAACACCGACGAAAAAGCGCCAAGAAGACAAUAAUGAAACAAUUUUAAACGGUCGAUGAUUUCCGUAAGAAUUUAUGGAUGAAUUUGUUAAUUUUUGUUGUCACGCGGAAGUGUCAUUGUCUUAAUAAACGAAAGGCAAUAGCACUUUG